GACACGGUAUAAGGGUACGCAUUCAUUGGUGCGUGUGUAUAUAUAUAUAUUCUCUUGUCUCUUGUUAUAAGCCGCACCGCACUUUCUAACCUCAAAACACAAACACACUUUCGCCGCGCCUCCUAUCGCCUCAACUAUCUUCUCAAUCUCUUCUGCAGGAUUCCUGCUAGUUCUGCGGUAGCAGAUUCUGAGGUGUAGGUGCACGUUGAAGUUUUUUUCAUGUUUGAACAGGCAACCAUCCAUUUGGGAGCAAUUGAGUUGCUUACAGAGUGUUUUACUUCUUCUAAGAAAAAGAACAAGCCUUUGCCGAGAAAAAUCAGCUGUAUGCAUCGUGCCCCUUAUCAGGAACAUACUCAGCUCUGUUGUUUUUAUUUGCAGCCUCCCGCAAUCUCUGAAGGAGAUUCUCUCUAAUCACUAUAUUCUAAUCUUUCUCUGAUCAUCUGUCCAUUUGAGUCAUCAUGGCCUUACAGAACAUUGGUGCUGGCAACAGUGAUGAUGCUUUCUACAGGUAUAAGAUGCCUAGAAUGAUCACGAAAAUUGAGGGCAGAGGUAAUGGCAUCAAGACAAACAUUGUCAAUAUGGUGGAUAUUGCAAAAGCUUUAGCAAGGCCAGCUGCAUACACAACUAAGUAUUUUGGUUGUGAACUUGGUGCACAGUCGAAAUUUGAUGAGAAAACUGGGACUUCUCAUGUUAAUGGGGCACAUGAUACUCCAAAACUUGCUGGUCUGCUCGAGAACUUCAUCAAGAAAUAUGUCCAAUGUUAUGGGUGUGGAAAUCCUGAAACUGAGAUCUUAAUUACUAGAAAUCAAAUGAUCCAGUUGAAAUGUGCUGCUUGUGGUUUUGUGUCUGACGUGGAUAUGAGAGACAAGCUGACCACGUUCAUCAUUAAGAACCCACCAGAAACAAAGAAAGGUUCCAAAGACAAGAAGGCCAUGAGGAGAGCUGAGAAGGAGAGACUGAAGGAAGGUGAAGCAGCUGAUGAGGAGCUGAAAAAGCUGAAGAAAGAGGUUGUCAAGAAGAAAGUAGCUCCUAAGGAAAGCACAACAAAAUCAAGCUCUUCAAGGAAAAAAGGAAAUGGCUCUGAUGAAGAUCGUCUGUCUCCUACUCGAAGCCCAACUGAUGAAAAGGACGAGGCUGAAGAUGAAGAUGAUGUGCAGUGGCAAACAGACACAUCACUGGAGGCUGCUCGGCUACGUAUUCAAGAACAGCUAAGUGCUGUGACAGCUGAUAUGGUUAUGCUCUCAACGAAUGAAGCAGAGGAGAAAGCAGCCUCUAAGGUAAGUGACAAUCCUGAUAAUGGCAACUCCAUGAACUACGAGACUCUUGUUACAGAAAUCAAAGCUGAUUUGAAGAAAGGUGUCAAGGCUAAAGAGUUGGUGGCCCACUGGGCAACACUUCCUGUUUCUCCACAAGAAAAGAUGAGUGCUCUGUAUGAAGCUCUUUUUGGGCACAUUGAGAAAGCGUUUUCAAAAGCAGUACUUAAGAAGAAGGACUACCUUGCUGCUGCUGUCUCCAAGGAAGAGAGUAUGCCAUUGUUGCUGCUUCGAACAAUUGAGGAAUUUGCUGACAAGUCCGCUUCCAAUUCCAGUCCACUUAAGGAGGUUGCCAUGGUUGUAAAGGGGCUUUAUGAUGCUGAUGCGUUGGAGGAAGAGCACAUAAUGCAGUGGUAUCAAGAAGGGCUGAAAGGAGACAGGAAGGACUCUCAGGUUUGGAAGAAUAUGAAGCCUUUCAUUCAUUGGCUUCAGAAUGCAGAAUCAGAGUCGGAGGGAGAGUAGUGCGUUGGCUGGUUUGUUUACAUCUGCGCCUUGAUAGUGUCUUUUAGUUUUUGAAUAAAGGGUGUGGUUUUCCCCUAGCGUUAUUGAGGUUUUGUUUUAAAACUUAAAAUUGUGAUGUUUGCCUUUUGUUUAUGUCUCGUAAAGUUAUGAUCUGAGACUCAGUAUUUGAGCUUUGUUUUAGAACAUGGAAUUCUGGUGUGUUUGUGUUUUAUUAAACUCUUCCUAGUAUUUUAUUAUAAUGUUAAUUUUAUCUUCUA